AUGCCUUCUGCAGGUAAUACGAACUGGAUCAACUGUAAAAUAAUUGCCUCUGGAAUAGAGAGCGUCAUUGAUGACUUUGCCACAGGUGAAGUAUGUGACACACUGGACACCUCUGUGCAACUGAGAUGCCUGGAAAUAGCUAAGCAAAACCAGCCCCUUUUCACAGGGCUUAUAUCUGCAACAGUCCUCGUCUCACUGAACUCCAGGCAGCAGGUAGCACACAUCCCACCUCCAGAGUCACAGAAACCUGUCAACAACAUGGCUUUCAACAAGCAGGAGAAGCAGCUUGCCAUAGCAUAAGAUUUAGUCCUUGUGCUGGAUAUUAUCCCUGCAGACCCAUGCCCAGUGAGCCACAGGCCCGCCUACACCUUUAAAACUCAGAUCCCUGGCUUUCUGAUUUCCAGAGCAGCUGUCCUUGCAGAUAGAGUCCUCUAUGGCAUGACUAGCAGGGACUUAUUCCUUUAGGACUGCCCUCGGGCCCAAGUGUUUCCUUUGGAAGGUCACAGAAGCCAGAUCUCCGGUUUGGAAAGCAGCCACAGAGAGCAGUGGACCCUCAGGGGAGGUGAGGAUUCCCUGCAGUGCCUCUGGGACUUGGAGUUCUGUCAGUGGGAACACAAGAUGUGCCUUUAUAAGGUACUACUGUGGUAA